GUAUUUUUCAAACUGUUAUUGAAGUAAAGCUUAUGAUUUGAAAUUACUUCCUAGAUGGAGAGGAUGUAUUUUCAAACUGAUUUACAUCGAUAUUAUCGUUUUCAUGACUUUAUACGCAUUAAUCACUUUUGUAUACCGUUUCGCUCUGUCAGUUGAGUGGCAAAGAACCUUCGAAGAUGUUAUAAUAUUUACCAGGAGCUUUCAAGGUUUAAUUCCAGUUUCUUUCAUUCUUGGUUUCUAUAUCGAUAACGUCUUUACAAGGUUUUGGAGACUAUUCAUGACCAUCCCAUGGGUGCUUAAGUUCGCCAUUUCAAUUUCUGGGCAUCUUUCUGGAAACUCUGAACGUGCUCGUUUAAUGAGACGAACGUGCUUUCGGUACAUGAUGUCAAGCCUAAUAAUUACUUGUACACGUCUCAACUUAAUUGCCAAGAAGCGUUUCCCUACACCAGAAUUCUUCGUCGCGGCAGGAAUACUUACAGAAGAAGAAUUGGACAUAAUUAUGAGUGUUAGUCCCAUUCAUGUUCAACCGUUCGUUCCGAUAGUAUGGACUACUUCCCUCGUCACUCUCGCCGGAAAAGAAGGCUUUAUUACCAAUCAUCAUGCCUUAGUGUCCAUCAUUGAUGAAAUAAAUAACUUUCGCCAGGGUCUGUUGGAUAUGUUUAUGAUUGAUUUUGUUUGCAUCCCAUUGGUUUACACACAGGUUGUCACAUUGGCAGUGUAUAUUUAUUUCAUAGCCUCACUUGUUGGUCGUCAGUUUAUAAUCGAUAGUUCGCGAACAAAUUCACAAGAUCUCUAUUUUCCUUUCUUCAUGUUCCUAGAGUUCAUAGUGUAUAUGGGAUUGUUAAAGGUUGCCGAAACACUGGUUAAUCCUAUGGGGGAAAAUGACGAGGAUAUUGAUAUUAAUGAGGUGAUAGACUUUAACUGGAAAACUGGAUGGUGUAUUGUUGAUGGAAUGAAAACAAGUGCUCCAGCUAUUGUACGAGAUUUCCACUGGCAACAAUCCGUCAUCGAAUUACCCCACACACAGGAAUCCAAACGACUAGCUUCUCGCCCAUUUAGAGGAUCGACAUAUAACAUAAACUUUCCUUUCACUUCUGAUAUGAUCGGGUCUGCGUUAUCUUUGUCACUAAUUGGUCAUUCACAAGAUUUAACGACUGCGCGUCAUUUAAAUCGAAAUAGUACCAUAAAUAUUCCCACUAGGUUGAUCCCAUCUGAGAGCGUUGCUCCCAGCGAAACUGAUAAUACGUCGAGAUUGAAUGUUUUGGAUGAUCAUACGGCUAUGGAUACUGGGUUUUUAAGUGUUACUCCUAAUACUCCCGCAGUAAACCGUCUUCUUCAUGAACCAAUAGAGGAGGAAGAUGAAGAACGUGAAGAUGACGAUCAGUCUUAUAGCAGGUCAAAAACAACGAUGAUAAUAUAAAUCUUUGAAGCUUAUAUUAAUAAGUAACAUCUGAUAUUUGUGUCAUCUUAUUAAUAAGUCUCAUGAAGUAAUUUUUAUCGUAUUGUACUUAAUUGAUCGAAUAUUUACGCAAUGUGAACGUUUACGCUAUUCACUAUUUGGGUUAUCAUUACAGAAAAACAUACACAGCUUAUAUCUAUGGGCUUUCAGCUGUCUAUAUAUUGUAACAAUUAUAUUUAUUACAACCAAUGGGUAUUUUUACCGACCUCAUGAAUUACGUUCACAUCUAAUUCAAAUAAAAAUAAUUUACUGACUAACUGUACUCAUUAAAUGAAUGACAGUACGUCAGUUGUUUAUUCCUGAAAUACUUAGUUUAAACGCCAGAUCGCUCAUGGAAAGAGGAUUACUUUCAGUCUCUUCUGUUUCUAAAUACAUGUCACACUUCUGGCAUAAUUAAUCGUCUGUCAACUAAAGUACGAGUUUACUGUGCAGUAAUUUGCUCUGCCCUACUUUAUGGGUGUGGAAUAUGGCCAUUAAGAAUAUACUUCAGUGGGUCACUAGUACGCGAUCAUGUAUGUCUCAAAGAUUUCUCUUGUGUUUUGGGAUCACCGAGUGAGCGGUUCAAAGGUUAAGUACAGAGUAUUAUGUAAAGGUGAUAAAUCUGUUGAUGAGGUAGUGAAUCUUCAUUCACUGAUGUAGUUGGGACAUGUGUUACAUAUGCAUAUCCCUCCUCCUCUAUGCGCGACAUUGUCUGGUGUCAGUUCUUGCUAUUCACCUUAUUAUUCCUAAAAAACGACUUGGAUUGAAUGCAGAUAUAUUCCAAAAUAAAAUAGCAAGUCAAUUAAGUUAUAAUCCAGAGUUCUCUCAGCUCAUUCGCUAGCGCUGAUUAAUU